GGGUUGGACUAGAUGCGACCUCCCGAAGUCCCUUCCCAUCCUCAUUUUCUAGGAUUCAGUGUGGUCAGCGCCCCUGGGAUCGGCAUCUUUGAUUCUAGGGCGUACGUGUAGGUAGCUCACGCUGGGAGGUUAACGUGUUAUGACGAAGCCUGCCCUCCUCAGGCUACACAUUAGUUCAGCGUUACCUUCUCUUGGAGAAGGUGCCCCACUGUUUUACUGUAAGGACUUCCGGUUUCUUGAAAAGAAUCAUCAGGGUCUGGAGAGACCAGGAAGCUGCUUGCUAGCAAGAGAGUAUUGAGGAGGCAGACCCUGAGCACGACGUUGUAAGUAGCACUGGGGUGGAGUUGGUCAGCUGGCUCGGGAGAGCUGGAGUGGUGUUGAUUUAGAUCCACCUCGCUGGAACAGGCACAAGGGUCAUGUGGAGUACGAGUACGGACUCUUCCGCCUGAUGAGUGGUGAUGCCUGGCCCGGCCUAAUGAGCUGCAGAGCCAAGGACCCCUCUGCUGGGGUGUCCAAUGUAUGACAGCAGUGUGGCUAAAAAUAUCGUGUUGCAAAACAGAGCUGGCUGCUGGUGAGCCUGGCUGGACAGCUGGACAGCAGUCAGAUUCCGAGGAAGAUGAACCAGCAAAGAAGAAGAAUAGUCUUCAGGGUCGUGGCGAGGGCUCCGGUUUGUCUGCUCUGCUUCCUCAACCCAAGAACUCCACAGUGAAAGAGACAAAUCGGGUACUUUUGCCCUACGCUUUCACGCGGAAAGCAGCAGAGAAUGCCCCUGAGUCCAAACCGGCCAGGGCCCCAACCUCCUCCUCCAAGACAAAACCCCUGUUCAAGCCAGCAGUGGCCACGACCCCUUCGCCGUCCGCUAUCAAAGCAGCUGCCAAAAGUGCUGCCCUGCAGGUGACCAAGCAGAUCACCCAGGAGGAAGAUGACAGUGACGAAGAGGUGGAGCCCGAGAAUUACUUCUCCUUGUCGGACAAGAGUGAGCCCAGCGUGGUCAGCACAGAGGCAUACGUGUACUCUGGCACUGUGGUGACGGAGGACCCGCCCCCCGGCACAGAACCAGAGCCCCAGUUCCAGGAUGCUGCUGCAAAUGCCCCUCUGGAAUUCAAGACUGCUGUGGGUUCGAGCUCCACGCAGCACAGCUGGGCACCCAAGCCUGGUGAAGAGUAUGGCGACCAGUCAUACAAUCAGUUCCCUGGCUACAGUGAUGCCAAUGCUACUGGUGCUUACUACCAGGAUUACUACAGCAGUGGCUAUUACCAGGAGAUGGAGCCGGCCCAGGGACCGCCACAAGAGACUGGCAGUGACUCCUCCUUCAUCGACGAUGAAGCGUUCAAGCGUCUCCAAGGCAAGCGGAACCGAGGGAGGGAAGAGAUCAAUUUUGUGGACAUCAAAGGAGACGAUCAGCUGAGCGGCGCCCAGCAGUGGUUGACCAAAUCCUUAACGGAGGAGAAGACCAUGAAGUCUUUCAGCAAGAAAAAAGGAGACCAGCCCACUGGGCAGCAGAGGAGAAAGCACCAGAUCACGUACCUGAUUCACCAGGCGAAGGAGCGAGAACUGGAAUUGAAAAACACGUGGUCCGAAAACAAACUCAGCCGGCGCCAGACCCAGGCCAAAUACGGAUUUUAGCACCUCUCCCCCUGGGGGUAGUAGCCCAGGUGACCUGCUGUGUCAGAUCCCUCCCGGCCCCCCGGGAAGUGACGAGGCCCCUGGACAGAACCCUGUCUGCUGCGUGGGUGAGAGGAUACAGCACUCCCCUGGCCACCAGGAGCAGGGUUUAGUGCGAGCCAUGUCUGUAACCCAACGCUCUGCGCUUUUUAUUUUGAACGACGGUGUAGAAGGUUCCAAUCACGUCUGGUCCGUGCAGCUAGGGAUGCCGUCGCAAAGAGCUGCUGGCCCAUCCGGAGAGAACACCGCUGGUGCCAGGUUGGGAGCUCUCGCCCUGUGGGUACACAGACCUCCGUCUUUCUCUCUUCCAAGUUGCUGCCAGAACUGUAGGCAGAGCCUCCAUCUGUUUCCGACUCCACUGUCGCUCCGUUCCGAAAGGCAGCGGGAGGGGGUUUGCAUUGAAAGAGCCUUUCAAGUUUCCCCCCCUUUUUUUUCUGUACCUGAGUGGAUACACAGCUCCUCAUGUGCUUGUGAUGUUGGCAGUUUUCAGAUGUGGCUGAUCUUUUGUGUUUGGUUCCUUAGCCACCUCUGCUGGCAACUCACACUGAGGGGAAACGACUACUUGUUUUCCAAGGGCUGCUGGCUAGCAAAGCGGUGUUGAGUUUGUUUGAAAACCAUGCAAAAAAUCUCCCUGUGCAUGGAUUAUGCAGGAGACCUGAACGUUUUUUUUUUUCUCUGCCAGCACAAAAGCUGCUGUAAGCUCUCAGAUCUCUGAAUGUUGUCUCUGUUUCUCCCCGUCCCCGCCCCUCCGAACCACAGCCCACAAUGCUGUAAAAGGAAGAAAAAAAAAA